AUGUCACUAAAGAAAAUUGUAAAACAUAAACAGAUUAAGAAAGAACUAUCAAAAGAACUACAAUUUAUAAAAGAAGUAUUUUCCUCAUUGUCAAUUCCAAUACACGUAAAAGAUGACGAUGCUGGUAAUGACUUUGAAAUGAUAAAUGGUGUGCAGCCUGAAAUUGGAAAAGAUUUUCCAAAACGUGCUACCAGUAUUGUGGAAUUGGAAGAAAAGUUGCAGAAAAUUAAAUCACAAAACAAUUUUCAUUUAAAGAGCAAAUUAGCCAAAAAGAGUAUUAAUAGCAAACUGAAUAAGAAACUUAAGAAAAAGGAAAGAUCUAAUAAAACCAAAGUUAAAGGUCCAUUAGAUUUUCAAAGCAAUACUAAACAAGAGAAAAUUGACAAAGUAAAUGCAAAUAUUUCUAAACCAAUCUUUAAUAAUGAAGGCAAAUUAGUAUUUUCCAAGUUUGAUUUUGCUAAUUUUGGUAAAAAAGGAAGACACCAAACUCAUUUGCAUGCAGCUUACCCUGUUAUUGAACAAGACACAGCUGUCAAAUGGUGGUAUAUUUGUUCCAUAAUGCUGAACCCAUAUUGUGAGGGUACCAACCCUGUGCUCACCCACCUGCAUUGCAUAUUGAGUAUGGGCACAGUUUUGGAAAGUCAGUCUGUUAUGUCCAAUAUUGGAAUAGAUCUAAUAGUACCUUAA